AUGACCUUGUUCAAAGAGGAGGUGGAGGAUGAAGAUAAGGACAGAUGGAUAGUGUGGUUCGACGGCGCAUCCAACACACUAGGCCAUGGAGUAGGGGCGGUUUUGCUUACCCCCGAUGAUCAAUGCAUACUCUUCACAACUAGGUUGGGUUUUGACUGCAUGAACAACAUGGCCGAGUAUGAGGCGUGCACCCUUAGGAUCCAAGCAACAAUCGACUUCAAAGUCAAAUUGCUCAAAGUAUAUGGAGACUCAGCCUUGGUAAUCUACCAGUUGAGAGGUGAAUGGGAGACUAGGGAUCAUAAGCUGAUACCCUACCAGGCCAGCAUCAAGAAGCUGACAGAGUUCUUCGAUGACAUAUCCUUCCACCACAUUCCCAGAGAGGAGAAUCAAAUAGUCGAUGCGCUUGCCACUCUGGCAUCCAUGUUUCAGCUGACCCCGCAUGGGAACUUUCUGUACAUUGAGUUCAAAUGUCGCAGAAAGCCCGCAUAUUGCGGUGUGAUAGAAGAAGAGCAAGAUGGAAAACCUUGGUACUUCAACAUCAAGCGAUACAUCGAAGACAAGGAGUACCCACAGGGGGCUUCUGACAAUGACUAG